GAGUCAACACAAGCACAAAAAAACGCACUUAACAACAGGAAGGGACGCGCAGUCAAACAAAGCAGGGGCCUGGGCUGUGUUAUUUUAUUUUACAAGCCCCUAAUACGUUUAUUUUAUUUUUUUAAAGUUUUACAGUAAGCGACCGAGUCGGGAUGCCUUUUCUCGGACAGGACUGGAGGUCACCGGGUCAGAACUGGGUGAAAACCGAAGCAGGAUGGAAAAAGAGGACAGCAGAUGACAAAAACAACAACGUCUCUGUGGAGAGCUUCUGCAAAGUCAAGGAGCCGGAGUGCUUCAACAAGGAGAACCUGCUGCUCUCUCUCAGCUACGACAUGUCUGCCAAGAAGAGGAAAAAAGAUCUGAUGAACAACAACUCCAAGGUCCCCUAUUUCCACCGGGAGAAGUGGAUUUACGUUCAUAAAGGAAGCACCAAGGAGCGCCACGGAUAUUGUACACUGGGAGAGGCCUUCAACCGCUUGGAUUUCUCCAGCGCCAUCAAGGACACGAGGAGAUUUAAUUACGUUGUCAGACUCCUGGAGCUUAUCGCCAAGUCGCAGCUCCCCUCGCUCAGCGGCGUGGCGCAGAAAAACUACAUGAAUAUUCUGGAGAGAGUUGUUCAGAAAGUUCUCGACGACCAGCAGAACGUGCGGCCCAUCAAAGAGCUGCUGCAGACGCUGCACGGCUCGCUGUGUGGUCUCGUGCAGGACAUGGGCAAGUCGGUGCUGGUGGGGAACAUAAACAUCUGGGUGCACCGCAUGGAGAACAUCCUGCAGUGGCGGCAGCAGCUGGACAACAUCCAGAUCAGGCCCACAGCUACAGGGAUGACGCUGACCGACCUGCCCGAUAGUCUGCAGCUGAACAUCAUGCAGCGCCUCACCGACGGCAGGGACCUGGUCAGCCUGGGCCAGGUGUGUCCGGACCUGGGGAGCCUCGCCGAGGACCGGCUGCUGUGGAAGAGACUCUGCCAGUACCACUUCACAGACAGACAGAUCCGCAAGCGUCUGAUGGUGUCGGAGAAAGGUCACCUGGAGUGGAAGAAAAUGUACUUCAAGCUGAGCCGCUGCUAUCCUCACAGAGAGCAGUACAGCGACACCCUGCACCUCUGCUCACACUGCCACAUCCUUUUCUGGAAGGAUACAAACCAUCCCUGCACAGCCAACAACCCCGAGAGCUGCACCACGUCCCUCUCCCCUCAGGACUUUAUCAAUCUGUUUAAUUUCUGAGCCCCACGACACACACUCCCUUACUCCUUGGAAGAAAAACAAAACAAAACAAAAAAAAAAGAACUACGGACUGGACUGUACAUACUGUUCCUGUACAUAGAAAUAUUUGUUUAUAUCCCCAUCAUGUCCUGGAUGUAUAUUUACUUGCGGCAUGACUCUGGAGAGGACGCAGGCUGUGGGACAACCAUGCAAUUUUCUUUUAGUUUGAAUCUUGGGAUGAGAUCAGAAGCUUGAGGCAUUUGAAAGAGACUGAACGUGACGGAGGGAACGUGGAAACCAUCAGGUGGAAGGAGGGAACGUUUCGUGUUGGUUCAGCGUGGCUUCCCCCUAUUGAAGGGCUUGAGGUGUCACUCUUAGUAAUGUUUAGGAGUUCACACAUUUUUCUUCGUCCGAAACACAAAGGGGAUUAGGCUAUAACGGCGACACUGAAUUGCCUCCUCUGUUCGGAAGGUGCAAUAUGUUUCAUGUGGUCUGCGGUGAUGUGGGAGAGGGUCGGCUCAGUGCGAGCCGGAGAGGGAAUUUAUUGACGAACCAUGAAAUGUUUGACUUUUGUUUUUAUGCUUUUUCACUUUUAUAUGGAUUUGAUAUUUUUCUCUUUUUUGUUCUGCUUUGGCAGUUUAAAGCAGCAGCAGCCGAGUGCAGUAUUAACAGACAUUGUAAUCAAAGCCAGUGUAACAAUGGUGUGUGUGCCUUUCUUUUUUAUGAAACUUGAAGCAAUGCCGGCGAAAUUUCUGCUACGUUUGCACCUUUUCCCAAACCCUGAUGCUGGAUUUGGUUUUUAUUUUUUUUAAAAAUAGUGUUACAUUUUACAGAGAAGUCCAGGUGCGACGCUCUGAAACCAAUAGGUCAUCGUUGGGGGGGAGGGACUCUUAGAUUUGUGCAUGUGUUUUCAAACACCUGGCUGAUUGUGUUGUUUACAUAUUUAUUUCUCGCGAUUUUUGGCAAACGGUUCAACUUUCACACUUUUGGUUUAAAGAAGUGGGGUUCUGAGUGUAAAGGGGCCUCCGUCGCAGCUCAGACGUUGAGGAAUGAUGCACGUGCUAUGCAACGCUGUCUGUUUUUUAUGUGGAAUAAAUAAACCAAAUGAAACUAA